AUGGCCUCUGCGUCAGCGUCAGGCUCGGGCUCAGGCUCCCGGACAGGCACAGGAGGAGGAGCAGGACUAUCAGCGAAUCUCGGGCCCAUUGUAGCAAGUCGCGUGCCGCCCAAGGGGUGGGAGCGCAAAGUCGGCUUUGACACGAUGCCCGAUGCGAUGGAGACGGAAAGCCAGAGCUUCAGCUUCACGCUACAGGCCAGAAGCAAAGGCUAUGUGCGGACGAAGAACACGCGGACGUUCAUGUGCGCCGUGGAUAAUAAUACUUAUUCGGAACGCGCACUGGAAUGGCUCAUGGAGUCACUAGUCGAAGACGGCGACGAAGUGGUCGCACUGCGAGUGCUGGAAGGCGAGGCUGAUACGAUCGACCAGGAUGAGGCGCGUGAAGAUGCGAAUGAGCUCAUGGCGCAGGUCGUCGAUCUGAACGAGGAGAUUCUCGGGCGGAGGAUCUCCAUCGUGAUCGAGUUCAUCGCAGGGCGGCCGACAUCGACGAUCAUGCGACUAAUCCACAUGUAUCGCCCCGAUUCACUGACAAUCGGCACGCGCGGAAAGUCAGCCAAUGCGUUGCAAAAGAUGCUCAGUGGUGGCUCCCUUUCGAUAGGACACGUCUCGCGGGACCUACUCUCGCGCUCGCCCGUACCAGUCGUCGUGGUGCGCCCGGAAGCAAAGGUGCAGAAGCAUCUCAAGAAGCGUCUGAAUGACCCUGCACGCCGGGGCUACCAUGACCUGAUCAAAGGUAGCGGGUUUGACCUGCAGGCCCUGCCGAUGAGCGUCAGCAAGUCCAAACGUGAGAGUCUGCAUUUGCACCAUCAUGGCAGCUCGAGGCGCAGUGUCAAUACCAGCAGCAGUACUUUUGGCAGCAGCGCAGAGAAGAGUAAAGGGCGGCAUCAUAGGAAGACUACCUCGAGUUCGUCUUUAUCGAAUGUCGCGGGUACAGCGAAAGGCAUCACAGGCGAUGUCGGGCUCUCCAGCGCGCGAUCGAGCAUCGACGCGGACCACCUAUCAUCCCAGUUCGCAAAGCCCGACGCGUCAACUUCUGAUGCAAUAAACGCGGACGCAAGCGCAAACGCUGGCGGAAGUGCAGAUGCCCUCGCACCCGUCCCGUCACGCUCGUCACAGCAUUCGAGCGAUAGCCAUUGGCUCCGCGUGGAUGAAGAGGGCAAUUGUUACACAUCAGAUGGCUCGGCUGGUACAAGUGCGGCCGGCAAGGAGGUGGAAACCGCGCUGCGUGUCGCUGGCGCCGGUACGCGCGCUCGGGCUGGUGAUAGCGCUGGCGUGCAUUGA